AUGGAAGGCGAGGAAGGAGGUGGUUUGAGGCUGAGCAAGAGAUUCGAUGACAAGGGUGGAGGAGAGGUUGAUUAUAAGACCAAAUCCGGCACUGCAUGGAGCCACAAUUUCCUCAACCAAAAACCGUGGCAUCCUCUCUCUUACCCCAACCAACGCCGCAAGUGGAUUGCUGAACAGACCCAUGCUCAUCGUGAGCGCCGAACUGAAGAGGUUGCCCGUGAGUAUGCUCAGGAGCAAGAGUUUUAUCGCCAGACAGCUCUCAUUUCCAAGAAGGACAAGGAAAAGGUGGAGCUCAUGCAAGCUGUUAGCUUUAUGUAUGUUCGUCCUCCUGGUUACAAUCCCGAAAGUGCCAAGGCUGCGGAGAUGAAUGAUGAGAAGAAAAAAGAAGAUAUGGUGAAUAAGGAGCCUACACAAACCAAUCCCGAUGGGCCUUCCCCUUCUUUGCCAACACAUGGAGAAAAGAAAAAACCGAGGCCAAAAGAUGUUUUUGGCCGUGCUUUACCAACUGAAGAAGAAUUCGAAGUUCUUAAAAAUGCACCAAGGCUGGAUACAGGAGUUGCUGCAAGGGCAAAACCUUUUGGAGUUGAAAUUCGCAAUGUUAAAUGCUUAAGAUGUGGGAGCUAUGGUCACCAAAGUGGUGAUCGUGAAUGUCCCUUGAAGGAUGCUAUUAUGCCAAAUGAGGAAAGCAGAUUGAAAAGAGAUGACCCUUUGAACGCUAUUCUUGCCCACACAGAUCUUUCUGAGCCUCUAAAAUGGGAGCUCAAGCAGAAGCCAGGAAUCAGUCCCCCUCGUGGAGGGUUUAAACCAGAUGAUCCCAACCAACAGAUAGUUGCUGAGGAUGAGGACAUUUUUGACGAAUAUGGAGGUUUUCUCAAUAUGGGUGAUAUCCCUGAUUUAUUGUUGACCAACUUAUCUAAAAAGCCAAAAAAGUCUAAAAAGAAAAAACACAAAAAGCAGAAGCUAGUGCAUUCAGAAAGUGAAGCAUCUUCUGAUGAUGGAGAGAGUAGAUCUAAGAAAAAAAAAGUAAAGGCAAACAAAAAGAAGCGAGAUUAUAAAGACUCAAGUUCAUCAGGCUCUUCUGCCUCUGAAAAAGAUCAUGGAAAGAGCAGACACGGUAGUAGUAAACAUGGCAAGCGAAGGCAUUCCUUACCAUCUGAGGAGUCUGGCUCUGAUGGUUACGAUGGAAAUUAUAAGAAUCAGGAUAAGCAUUCGUAUUCAUCUGAAGAUUCUGACAGUGACAGGGAUGGUCGAGGUAGAAAGCAUAUACAAAAGCACAAGAUGAAACAUAGCAGAAAAAGACAUUCUUAUUCUGAUGAGAAGAAUUCUGAUCCUGCCGAUUAUCUUGUAAAACACAAGGCUAGAGAUGAACAUUCCUAUAAAUCAUAUGAUCAUAAUCAUCAACGACAACCCGAGGAUAAAAGGAGCAGCCAUAAGUACUCAUCAACAAUUCAUUCCGAUUCUCAGAGGCAUCACGUAAGUUUUAGUCAUGAUCGGUACCGUGGUGGAAGUCAGAAGAGCAGGACUGAUCAUUCUUGUUCUUCCGAUGGUUCUGAUUUUAAAAAGAAUGAUCGAAGUAGAAGGAUCAAAGAAAAACAUGAAAGUCAGAAGAGUAGAGCUGAGCCUUCUUAUUCGUCCCAUGAUUCUGAUGUUGAAAAGGAUGGUCGAAGUAGAAGGAUCAAACAAAAACAUGAAAGUCGGAAGAGCACAGCCAAACAUUCUUAUUCUACCGAUGAUUCUGAUGUUGAAAAGGAUGGUCGAAGUAGAAGGAUCAAAGAAAAACAACACAGUACACCUGAAGGUUCUGAACAUCCUGAGCAUGAUAUGAGCAAACAGAACAGAAAAAAGCAUUCAUAUCAUAGAAGUGAAAAGAGUUCCGAUCAUUAUGAAAAACAUCAUAAGCCGAGGAGAAGCAGCCACAAGCAUUGA